AUGCCGAUGCACCCAGUCACCUCCACGUUGAUGUAUCGGGGAAUCUGCACCAUCCCCGACAUCCUCUCCUACAGCGCCCCUGUUAACCUGCCGGAAGACGAGGUGGAAGAGAUCCGUGAGGCCUUUAAAGUGUUUGACCGUGAUGGGAAUGGAUUCAUCUCAAAGCAGGAGCUGGGCAUGGCCAUGCGCUCCCUGGGCUACAUGCCAAACGAAGUGGAGCUGGAGGUCAUCAUCCAGAGACUAGACAUGGACGGCGAUGGCCAGGUGGAUUUUGAAGAGUUUGUCACUCUUCUUGGCCCAAAGUUGACAGCUGCCGGGUUGCCAGAUAAGUUCAACGGCACCGACUUUGAUUCCGUCUUCUGGAAGUGUGACAUGCAGAAGCUGACGGUGGAGGAGCUGAAGAGGUUGCUGUACGACACCUUCUGUGACCACCUGUCCAUGAAGGACAUUGAGAACAUAAUCAUGACCGAGGAAAACCACAUCAAGAACCCUGAGGACUGCCAGGUGGAUAUAGACAGUUCCAGCCCAACACAACAGGUCAAGCAAACCUGCGUGCGCAAGAGUCUGAUAUGCGCCUUCGCCAUCGCUUUCAUCAUCAGCGUCAUGCUCAUCGCAGCCAAUCAGGUACUGCGAAGCGGCAUGAAGUAG